AAUUUUGUUUGCAUAUUCUGGCGGUACAGUUCUCAGUUGGCCUAGACUACAUCAAACAUGAAGAUCAUUCUCGCAGUCUGCCUCAUAGCAGCUUUUCUCGGGUGCAGCAAUGCGGCCAUAACUAGAUACGUAUGUGAGCAUAAAACCUUAACCAUCGACUGUGGCAACCACAAGAUUAACAUUCUGUGCUCCAGCUACGGACGCUCUGUGUCCUAUAGCCAGCGCUGUUGGUCCUCGACCACAACAUGUGACACGACGUGCAUUGCGCAAUCAUCAAUAUCUAAGGUCAACCAGCUCUGCGAUGGGAAGUCGUCAUGUAGUGUCAAGGCUAGUAACAGUGUUUUUGGUGACCCCUGUUACAGAACAUUCAAGUAUCUGGAGGUCUCGUACGAGUGUGUGUGGACGUGGUAACAAGUGGAGCUACUGAAGGAUGUGAUCGACCGCGUUUAAUGACAACAAAAAAGAAAACAAUUAAAACUUUGAUAAUGAUAUUUUUUAGCAAUAAAGAGCCCUACCAAUAUUUUUUAUAACCUGUUUUUUCGUCUGUAAGUUUAAUAUUGUUGGAUAGUAUAGAUAAGGGUACCUUUGAUCUUUUGAAAGGGUAUGUUGCUGUCCCUGGUAAAAUAUAAUAGUUCAUAGAUCGUGCUCUUCCUCAGUAAUCAGGCUAAAUUCCCAUUUAGGCCUGUUUUCACGCGCAUUCGCUUUACAUAAUAAAAUAUGUUUUCAACCAGAACCCUAACUUCUGUAAUUGUCAAUUCAUUUGGUGCCUCUUUUUUCAAACUGUUUUCCUUAUUUUAACGUAUGAGGCCCUGAGCGAUAAAAUCGAUCUCGCUGAUGAAGUCAAACUUUUUACUAGGAAAAUCAAGAUUUUUGCAGAGAAUCAAGGAACAUUAGUGAUUCAUCAUGCAUUAAAGCCCUUUCACAUAUCUUCAGGUUCCAGUUCAAGUUUCGGUUUUUUGAUAACUGUUCAAAUCUAAAGUACAAUCCCGUUCCCAGUUAUUCAUGUUUCUAAAAUUUAACUGUAAUUCGUAUUAAGAUACAAAAUACAAUAGUUUCAUCAUGGUUUAAAAUGUUUUGUAUAAUGAAUAAACUGCUAUAAAACAA